AUGCAAUUUUUUCCUGGAGUAGGCGACCAUUACCGCCUCGGCCGCGCAUUCCUACAAGCCGCUUUUCUCGGCCGCAACUUUCGACAAAAACGCUCCUGGCUCGCUCAAGCCCCAGGCCCUGCAGCCCAGGAUAGUCCAAAGGGCCUUACAAACAUCGAAAGUGAUCAGACAGAACUAUACAAUAUCCCUUCAGACCCCCAAUUGUUUGCACAGAGUUGGAACAAACAUUGGGCAGUACUACACAGCGGUCCUUCUGGGCUGUCAGCGGCCGCUAAAAUUGGAAUAGGGGUUAGUGUAAGCGUAGGAGCCCUCGUCUUGAUAGCGACAGCGCUAUGGACCUUCUUUGUUCUGCGUCGCCGGAAGGAGGCCUUGAGCGGUUCUCAAUCCUCAGAGCCAUCAAGUCUUCACCUACCAGAGUUUCCGGGACAACAAAACCAGCUUCAUGAGAUGGGGAUUGUGGGCCGUCCUGUGGAAAUAGCAAGCCUGGAAGACGAUUGUGCAGAGCUCAAGGCUGACGCUCCUUCUUCUGGAGAGCUCGAGGCUGAUGUUCCUAAUCCUGUAGAACUUCAGGCUGAAGAAACCAGACCUCAGAUUAAUUCUUCCCGAGGAGCAUGA